AUGCCCGAAUUUCUGCUCAUCGCUGUUGCUGGUCUGGCCGGGCUCUGCGCUGACUCUCCGCAGAACCUCUCCUUCGUGCUGAAGCGGCAGCACGAGGUGACCUUUGAGGAGCGCCCGGUGCCGACGAUCAAGUCGCCCCACGAUGUGCUCGUGGGCGUGAACUACACGGGCAUCUGCGGCUCCGACAUCCACUACGUGGAGCACGGUGCCAUCGGGCACUAUGUGGUCAAGGAGCCCAUGGUGCUGGGCCACGAGUCAGCAGGCACGGUGGUGGCUGUGGGCGACGCAGUCAAGACGCUCAAGGUGGGCGACCGGGUGGCUUUGGAGCCAGGAUACCCAUGCCGGCACUGCGAGCCAUGUCUGAGCGGCCACUACAACCUGUGCCCGGACAUGCGGUUUGCGGCAACGCCGCCCAUCGACGGCACGCUGACAGGCUUCUGGACCGCGCCGGCCGACUUCUGCUACAAGCUGCCCGAGGUCGUGUCGCUGCAGGAGGGCGCGCUGAUCGAGCCGCUGGCCGUGGCCGUGCACAUUGUCGGCCGUCAGGGCCGCAUCCAACCGGGCCAGUCCGUCGUGGUGAUGGGUGCCGGCCCGGUCGGCCUGCUCUGCUGUGCCGUGGCACGGGCCUAUGGCGCGACCAAGGUCGUCUCCGUCGACAUCGUGCAGUCCAAGCUCGAGUUUGCCCGCAGCUUCGCGGCCACACACACAUACGUCAGCCAACGCGUCUCGGCCGAGGAAAACGCCCGGAACAUUGUCGAGCUGGCCGACCUGGGCGGCGGUGCCGACGUCGUCAUUGACGCCUCAGGUGCCGAGCCCAGCAUCCAGGCCAGCCUGCACGUCGUCCGCAACGGCGGUACGUACGUGCAGGGCGGCAUGGGUCGCGCCGACAUCACCUUCCCCAUCAUGGCGUUCUGCCUUAAGGAGGUCACCGCACGCGGCAGCUUCCGCUAUGGCUCCGGCGACUACAAGCUGGCCAUCGAGCUCGUCGCUGCCGGCAAGAUCGACGUCAAGAAGCUCAUCACGACGACCGUGCCGUUUGACCAGGCCGAGACGGCCUUUAACAAGGUCAAGGAGGGCCAGGUGAUCAAGAUCCUGAUCGCCGGACCCAACGAGAAGCUGUAG